UCCCAUUGGCGCAGGUGAUCGGUGUCGGGAUGCGAGUGAAGCGCGGAGGAGACGGUCGAGGGAGCGUUCUGAUGGAGAAGUGUCCAGGGCUUGGUUUGAAAUAAAUUUAAAAAAAGGAUACCGGCCACCAUCGACCCGCGCUGGGACUCUCGACAAUGAGCACUUCACCGAAAAGGGGCACUUUGAGCUAGGAUGAGGUUAACUUCCGGUGGGGAAUAGUACUAUGAUUUGGUAUGUGGCUACUUUGAUAGCAAGUGUUUUCUGCAGCCGAGGAACGGCCGCUCAAGGUGCCCACGGAGUGCGAGAGGAACCCAAGUUUGUGACGGCGCGUGCUGGAGAGAACGUCAUCCUGGGAUGCGAUGUGUCCCAUCCCUUGAACGGCCAGCCCUACGUGGUGGAGUGGUUCAAGUAUGGAAUGCCAAUCCCCUUCUUCAUCAACUUUCGGUUUUACCCUCCUCAUGUGGAUCCGGAGUAUGCUGGCCGUGCCAGUCUGUAUGGCAAGUCCUCCUUGCGGAUAGAAAAGGUCCGUUCAGAUGACCAGGGCUGGUAUGAGUGUAAGGUGCUGAUGCUAGAGCAGCAAUAUGACACUUUCCACAAUGGCAGCUGGGUGCAUCUAACUGUCAAUGCCCCUCCCACGUUCACAGAUACGCCACCUCAGUACGUUGAAGCCAAGGAGGCUGGCAGCAUCACUUUGACCUGCAUGGCCUUUGGCAACCCCAAACCCUCGGUCAGCUGGCUGCGGGAAGGCAACCUUAUGGUGACCAGUGCCAAGUAUAAGGUAUUUGAUGGAAGUUUGACGGUGCUAUCCAUCACGCGGGAGGAUCGUGGUGCCUAUACAUGUCGAGCCUUUAGCCCACAAGGAGAGGCCAUUCACACAACACGGCUGCUAGUUCAAGGCCCUCCGUUUAUUGCGUCACCGCCAGACAAUAUUACUGUCAACAUCUCACAGGACGCCUUCUUCACCUGCCAGGCGGAAGCCUACCCUCGGAAUCUUACCUACACCUGGUUCUGGGAGGAGGAUAAUGUCUUCUUCAAGAAUGACCUAAAGCGAAGAGUCAGUGUUCUGAUUGAUGGCUCCCUCAUCAUUGCCCAAGUCAAGCCGGAGGAUGCUGGGAAAUACACUUGUGCUCCUAGCAACAGCCUUGGCCACCCACCGACUGCCUCCGCCUACCUGACAGUGCAAUAUCCUGCCCGUGUUGUUAACAUGCCAUCCGUCAUCUACGUGGCCAUCGGUCUGCCAGGCUUUAUCCGGUGUCCUGUAGAUGCCAAUCCACCUGUAACUUUGGUCAAGUGGAAGAAAGACGGUCUUCCUCUGAGGAUAGAUAAGUACCCUGGUUGGAGCCAAAUGGAGGAUGGGAGCAUCCGUGUGGCAGAGGUGACGGAGGAUUCUCUCGGCACCUAUACCUGCAUGCCUUACAAUGCCCUGGGUUCCAUGGGAUGGUCCCCUCCCGCUCCCCUGGUGCUAAAGGACCCUCCCAAAUUCUCAGUGGUCCCUGGAGGGGAGUACAGACAGGAGGCUGGGAGAGAACUUGUUAUCCCAUGUGAGGCAGAGGGUGACCCAUUCCCUAAUAUAACAUGGAGGAAGGUGGGAAAGUCCAGUAAAAGCAAGCACAAUGUUCUGCCUCGAGGCAGCUUACAGUUCAAGUCACUGACAAAGGAGGACCAUGGAGAAUGGGAAUGUGUUGCCACCAACGUUGCAACGAGUGUCACUGCCAGCACGCAUGUCCAAGUCAUAGGCACAAGCCCGCACUCCCCCACCAGCAUCCAAGUGGUGGCAUCCUCCACCUGGGCCAACGUGUCCUGGGAGGUGGGCUACGACGGAGGCUUCCAGCAGACAUUCUCAGUCUGGCUAAAACGAGAGCAUUUAGGCCCCCAUGAUUGGAUGUCCACACCAGUGCCGGCAGGCAGAAAGUGGAUGGCACUCUCUGGCCUGGAGCCUGAGACAACAUACCAGUUCAGCGUCUUGGCCCAGAACAAGCUUGGCACAGGCCCCUUCAGCGAGGUUGUCACUGUGAACACUUUAGUAUUUCCCAUUAGUACCCCUGAACCACUGGUGCUGCUAACCCCACCACGGUGCCUCACAGCCAAUCGCACGCAGCAGGGAGUCCUGCUCAGCUGGAUGCCACCCGCCAAUCACACAGCACCGAUCCAGCAUUAUGUUGUGGAGUUCCGCUUGGGGGAACGAUGGGAGGUCCUGGAUGACAACAUCCCCGCUGGCGAGACGGAGAUGCUCGCUCGUGACCUCAUCCAGGAGGCCUGGUUUGAGUUCCGUGUCUUGGCUGUCAUGGAUGAGAUGAUCAGUGAGCCCAGCAACAUAGUUGGAGUGUCCAGUACAGACUUCUUUCCACCUCCAGAGUUGGUUGAGGAAUCAGGGUUGGCGCGACCAGUCAUGGCCGGCAUUGUGGCCACAAUCUGCUUCUUGGCUGCGGCGGUUCUUUUCAGUACAAUGGCAGCCUGCUUUGUCAAUAAGCAGCGGCGGCGGAAGCUAAAACGAAAAAAAGAUCCCCCUCUUUCCAUAACACACUGCAGAAAAAGUAUGGCAUCGCCGCCAUCAUCAGGGAACGUGAGCCCAGAAAGCAUUCGCUCCAAACCCUCCUCCCUAGCAGAAUCAUCAGAGGACAGUCAUUCCCAACGUGGGAAGAAACCACCACCAAGUCCAGGGAAGAAGGAGGAGUCUUUGUACACUAGGACCAAAAGAGCAAUAACCAGCAAGAAAUACAUUUCCAGACUUGAAGCUGAAGCAACAAUACCCAUUGAACUAAUCAGCCGUGGCCCAGAUGGACGCUUUGUCAUUGAUCCUACUGAUGCGGAAUUGUCUGUCAAAUCCCGAAGAAUUGAGGGCUUUCCCUUUGUAGAAGAAUCCGAUCUCUAUCCUGAAUUCCGGCAAUCAGAUGAAGAAAACGACGAUCUGAGACCUCUUCCACCAGUCAUGGCCCCCCUUCGGCCUCACCAGAUUUCACCCAUCUCCAGUCAUGAGUCCUACCUCCAGCCUCCAGCCUACAGCCCUCGUUUUCAGAGGCCUUUUGAAGGUAUGACUAUCAUGGAGAGCAGUCAACUUCAGGCCACAGGGCAGAUCCGAGGCUCACUCCAUCACAGGGCUUUCUAUGGCUACUUGGGCCCGCCUGGAGAUCAUGAUCCUCGUCCUCCUUUUUACAUGACUGAUACCAGUCCCCUUAGCUCUGUCAUGUCUUCCCCUCCGUACCUGAGUGAAGGUCCUUUUGGUUACCCCAUGAUUCCAGAAGAAAUGGGAGAGGGUGAUUUCACAAAAUAUUCUGUCUCCGGCUUACCUUAUCCUCUGACACUCACUUCUUCUUCUCAUUCACCAGAGUUUUGGCGGGGAAUGGAUUUCACCUUCUCAACUAUGGAGGGGCCCCAAUUAAUUUUCCCGCCACAGCCCUCUGUGCGUCUCCGCCAUGACUCUCCGUAUCCACCUCCACCUCAUGUUCUUCCCCUUGGUGCUUUUCAGCCCUCCUCCCUCACGAUGCCUACCUAUCCAUCUGUUUUGCCACUAGUAGGUUCACAGAGCCACUCAAGCAAGUCUCCUGGCAGGGCCAAGCCUCAUGGCUCUCCAGGCAGGCGUUUAGCGAUGCCGGAAGCUCAUUUAGGGCAGCUAAGACACACAAGCCACGGAAUGGGUGUUCCACUUUUUCCUUACACCGAUCCUUUGGCCCACAUUUCCCCAAGCACGUUCAGUAGCCUAGAUACCCAAUGGUUUGAAUCUACCCCUCGUUUUAGUCCAAGACAGAUUCGUAGGAUAGAUUCUGGUGUACAUCAGGUGGUUCUCCAGCCCUCUCGACUUUCCCCUCUCACCCAGAGCCCCUUUAGUUCCCACGAGGGUUCUCCUGAGAUUGUUAUACGUCCUCGGCCACGUCCAAACAUUGUUCAAGCUCCCAUACCCCAAGAGAUGUCUGAAAUUACCCUGCUACCUCCAUCUACAGCCUCCUUCUCAAGGAGAUCUUCCCCUUCUUCCUCACCUGCAUUAGGCCAGGGUAGCAGAAGAGCCAGUCCUAGCUAUCGUUCCCACAUGGCCUUUGCUUCAUCUGCGAGCAGCUAUCCAGCUUCCCAGUCCCCAUCACCUCCCAUGGAAAGCAGCAACAUAUGUGGGCAGAUACCAUCUCCGAGGAGGACUGAGGAGGGGAUCCUUCCAUCUGAGCCCUCUCCACCCCAGUUGUCCGCUUCAGGAAAACGUCGAGGGGCGCCUCAUGUUCUUUCAGGGUCUGAGAGGAUUGACCUUCUGCGAUACCAACGUAUAAGAAAAGCAAAGAAGAUGACGAUGAAUAACAAUAAUUCCAAGACUAGGAGGAAAGCAGGUGUCUCCACCUCUCAGACCCAACAGGCCCACACCUCUCAGGUAUUACAGCCCGAAGAAGCUCUCUACCUCCACAGGAAGAAGAAACGGCUCCUCUUUCACGACCCAUACACUCGCUUUUCUGCUCUGCUCUACCGCCGCCCUCUACGGGAAGACCAGAAGGCUAUUUUAGCCUGUAUGGACAAUGUAGAACUCGACCAUGCCACCUUCCUCUGAAAGUCCACGCAGGUCAAAGGUCAUGUAGAAUAUUUUACACUCCAACAAUAUCUGCUUCUCUUUGCAUUCACUGCUUCGGGAGAGGAGCAAUAGUUCAACAUUUCGGUUUGCCGCCCCCUGUAGGUCAACCACAAGGAGCUUGUUUUUAACGACUGCAGAUGACAUCAGAUCGAGAUGCCAGUUAUACUUCAAAUUUCACUCAAAACUAAGGUAUUGUGUCGAAAAAUGGGUCUGGAAUUAUUACUCAAAUCUCCAAGCAUGUUGGCUGUAGGCUACAUUGUUGAAGAUGAAUCACAAAUAUGUUAUCAUGCACCAACAUUAUUUUGACUACUUAAACAUUUCUGAUCAGAUUCAAACUAUUCCCACUUCAAAAUUAAUUUUCUUUUUAGCUAUAGACACAUUACACAAACAUUCUUUCAUUUAAGGAUUUUUUUCAAAAAUCUAAUUGACAUAUUUCCACAUUUCCCCUCCAAUAUUUCAGUAUCAAAAAAGUUAUUACUGAUAUUUUCUCCAAAUUCCCAUAUUUCCUAAAAAUCCACAACACAAAUACUCUUUAUUGGUCAGUAUUCUAAGUUACAACUUCCACAUUUCUCAAUCGAAUCCAAAAAUGAUCCGUUUUCCGAAAUUUCCCAUAUGCCAAUUUCUCACAUUUCUUAACCCAUUCACACCAUUUCAUACCCUAAACCAGGCCUGGGCAAUUAUUUUGACUCAGGGGCCACAUUUAGAGAAAAAAAUGUGUCUGGGGGCCGGUAUAUCUAUUUUUGGGAACACUAAUACAAAACCUCACAAUAAUGUCUGAUUGAAUGCUAAAAACGUUAUGACAGACCGCCUUAAAAAACGUAAUGGAAUUUUUAAAUUUUUCUAUGAACGAUAAAACACUGAAUAUUGACAAAAUAUAAACGUCACAUCCCACUUUCGAUCGACAUAUUUUACAAUCAAGUGAAACGCAACAAACAGUGAAUUAUGAAUGCGAAGGGUACAAAAUAAACCCACCUACAAUCUGAUAUAUCUGAUAUUUGCUGAAUUUCCCCCAGGGAUCAAUAAAGUACUUUCUAUUCUAUUCUAUUCUAUUCUAUAUAUCACUAAGCUUUAGAACUUUGUUGUGAAAAUCUCCUUCCGCGUCUGUGGAAACGCUUCCCGCCCACACUGCUUGGUGCCUCGUCUGAGCUGCUGUGACGUAGAUGACCAUAGUAACUAAUUAGAUGACCAUAGUAACUAAUUAGAUUACCAUUGUAACUAAUUAGAUGACCAUAGUAACUGGUAUAGCAUCCAUAAGCGCAGACUCCAACCAUUGAAAUACUUUGUAUAGUUGAAGACUUACGGUCAUUA